CACUGCCCGUCUACUGUAGCCGCGUCUAAUCUUCGCCGCACCACACACACGCACCUCUUGCCGCCGCGCAAGCCCACACACGCUCCACACUCGCCCACCCGCGCCUCGCCCAGCAUGGCCACCACGCCGGCCACCAAGUCGCAGAUCGCCGACAAGCCCGCCAGCAAUGCCGUCACCGUCGCCAUGGACCCCAAGGCCAAGGCUGCCGAUGUCGACCGCAAGCUCAAGUUCUUCGGCGUGAUCCAGGCUUUCCGCUCGGGUCGCUACCCCGACAACAAGCAGAUCGAUGAGACGCUGCGCUACACCAUCGAGAACUCGCCCGUCGACGUCGAGAAGCUCUCGCCCGAGGGCCAGAAGCUCGUCAGCGACGUGCGCAACAUCAUCGAGUCGAUGCGCCAGCUCGUGCUGAGCAAGAACUCCAACGAGGAGUUCCAGCACUUCCUGCACGCCACCAUCAAGGCCGACUACCAGGGCGCCACGCCCGGCGUUGCCGCGCCCGUCACGGCCGACGACGCCAAGAAGGACGCCGAGACGGCCGGCGAGGCGUUCCGCACGCUGCUCAAGCUCUGGCUGCGCAACGGCGAGGCGCGCAAGCUCUUCCGCGACCUCGGCCUCGUGGGCCGCGACAUCUUUGCCGACGCCGCCAGCUUCACGGCGCAGCAGGCGCGCCCCGACGAGGACAAGCUGGCCACCGUCGACCAGCCGGCGCCGGAGAACGAGUUCCACGACGACAUCCCGGCGCCGCUCAAGAAGAUCGGCGAGGCCAUCGAGAAGAAGGACGAGCUGAAGCAGGAGGCCAUCAACCAGGGCCAGGCCGCCGCCAACGCCGUCGACCCCAACGCCACCGCCGAGCAGAACAAGCAGAACGUGGCCGGCGCCGUCGACACCGACAAGGCCGCCAACAAGCUGCCCGAGGUCUCGCCCGAGACGCGCGAGAAGGCCGAUGCGCAGCUCACCAAGGCCAAGGAGACGGUCCUGGAGCACAAGGACAAGACGGUCAACUACUUCAAGGAGCAGUUCCCCGAGCAGCGCCGCGACCUCUUCAUCUACCGCCUCAAGAAGGUGCUCGUCGAGUGCCAGCGCCACCGCGACUACCAGGACGCCAUGGAGUUCUUCCUCACGGCGUUUGAGAACUACAAGGGCCACGCUGAGGACGUGCACGCGCAGGUCGAGAACAACGCGAGCAGCCUGCGCGGCGAGGGCAACCUGCAGACGGCCGAGCGCUCGUUCCGCACGCUCAUCGAGCGCUUCGCCAACGGCCACAGCACGCAGCCCAUGUUCGACGCCGCCGACCAGAUCUACACCGACGUCAAGGGCGACGAGGAGCUCAAGGGCUGGUUCACCAAGCUCGGCAAGUACGUCCGCGCCUGCCUGCAGCAGCCCGGCUUCGUCAUGAAGGACGAGGCCAACACGCAGGCGCGCGAGAUCAUCGACAGCGGCAAGCGCUUCUUCUCGGAGAACUCCAAGUACCGCCCGCACUUUGAGCGCUUCUUCGACGAGGUCGAGGCCUUCUUCAAGAGCAUGGGCGACGACCCCGAGAACGUCGAGUUCGGCCGCAAGUGGCACGCGCUCGGCCGCGACCUCUUCUUCAACGCCGAGGGCAAGCCGACGUUCAAGCCCGAGCUCUGGAAGGACAUCCGCGACCCGAUCCUGCCGCAGCUCGUGCAGCACAUCGGCUUCGUGCCGCUGCCGCGCAUCGAGUUCAGCGACCCGACCGUCGACCUCGUCAUCGAGAACCUGACGAUGGACGCCGCCAACCUGAUCCCCAACUGGGUCGAGAUCGACGGCCACUCGCACAUGCGCCUCUCGGCCUACGCCAAGCUCGGCGACGAGCACCGCCACUCGAUCAAGCUCACGCUGGGCCAGAUCCAGUGCGACAUGCGCGACGUCAAGUUUGACAUCCGCAAGAAGAAGGGCUUCCCGACGCUCAAGGAGAGCGGCACGGCCGACGUGCUCCUCGCCGGCCAGGGCCUCACGGUCACGGUGCACCUCGAGACGGCGUCGGCGCCCAAGGGCUCGCGCCGCCCGCCGACGCACGUCUUCACUGUCAAGCAGGUCAAGGCCAAGAUCGACAAGCUCACGUUUGCCAUCCGCGAUAGCAAGCACGACCUGCUCGUCAAGAUCCUCAAGCCGCUUGCCUCGUCGAUCAUCAAGAAGCAGAUCUGCAAGGCCGCCGAGCAGGGCAUCCGCGACGCCCUCGAGAAGGCCGACGCGCAGCUCGUGCAGAUCCGCGACGCCGACGACUCGCUCGAGGCCAUCAAGCAGAAGGCCGCCAAGGGCGAGCAGCAGGUGCAGCAGAGCAAGCAGAGUGCCGGCACGUUCAAGAUUGCCACGUCGAAGCGCGACAGCAUCCUGCCGCAGCUCGGCAACCGCGACGGCUGGGUCAACCGCCUCGACGAGCGCGAGAAGGCCGCCAACGCGCAGCUGCCCAACGCGGCCGACUGGCACAGCCCGGCCUUCUCCAUCGUCGGCAGCGCCUCGGCGCCCGGCGCCGCGCUCAACGGCGCCAAGUAAGCGCGCGCCUCGCACGCUCCUCCUCUUCCCAGGCCUCCGCGUGCAUGCUUGAUACCCCAUGCGCGCUUCCUGUCCGCCACGAACUGUGAUUCCCACUGUCCCGACUGAGAGAUCCUCGGCGUCGCAUGCUCCGCGCAAUCCUAUGAAUCAUGCCGCACCGAG